UGGCCGUAGCGUGUCCCUCCGCGCCUCACGCCGUCCCCGCUCCCGCCGUGGCCGCUGUGGCGAUGUGGCGCAGCGCCGGCCUGGCUGGCGACGCGCAGAAGGCUGAGACCAAAGAGGAAUUCGUAAAAGUUAGAAGGAGGGAUUUGGAAAGGCUGACAACUGAAGUUAUGCAACUGCGGGAUUUCUUACCCAGAAUAGUAAAUGGAGAUAUCCUGGGGACAUUCCAGAAGCUGGAUGCUAUUGAAUCAAGCCUGGAGAAGAAGGAGGAGGAAAUAGAGCAGCUGAGGAUGGAUUGUGAGCACUUUAGAGCCCGUUUGGAAACGGCCCAGGCAGAUUGCAUGAGAGAGAAGAAGGAGAAACUGGACCUGCGGCAGCAGCUGAACGAGGCCAAGCAGCAGCUCCUGCAGCAGGCAGAGUAUUGCACAGAGAUGGGAGCAGCAGUGUGCACCCUGCUCUGGGGGGUGUCCAGCAAUGAGGAGGCUGUGAAGUCCAUUCUAGGAGGAAGUAAAGCAGUAAAAUUUUUCACAAUCACUGCCCAGACCAUGGAGAGCUUUGUGAAGUCAUUAAGUGAAGACAUGAAACAGCAGGAUUUGGAUUCUGAGGAAAAUCAGUUUGUAUUAGCUUUGGCAGGGAUUGUAACAAAUGUGGCUGCGCUGGCGUGUGGCCGUGAGUUCCUGGUCAGUUCCAGUCGGGAGUUACUGGACACGAUGAUGCAUCUCCUGGGAGACAUGAAGCCAGGACUCUGUAACAAAUUUAAAGUGCUAAUGCUAAUGUCACUUUACAAUGUGAGUAUCAACUUGAAAGGCUUGAAGUACAUCAGUGAAAAUCCAGGUUUUAUUCCCCUGCUUUGGUGGCUGUUGAAUGACCCGGACAGCGAGGUGUGCCUGCACGCCCUGCGGCUGCUGCAGUCGGUGCUGCUGGAGCCGGAGGUGCUGGCCCGGGCGGGCGCCGAGGUGCGCGAGACGCUGCCCUUGCCGCGCAUCGUGGCCCUGUCCCAGAGCCGCCACGCGGAGCUGCAGGCGCUCGCCAAAGAACUCCUCGAGGAUCUUAAAAUAUUUGAGUACGAGGCGUAGAAGAGCUCUACGACAACGAAUGCUUACGUCUUUACUAUAUUUUUAUGCUGCAGGAGUUGUUGGAGAUGGGCUUGACUGGGAAAAAAAAAAACAAACCUCUGCCUAAGUUCCUGUGACAAAAUCCUUUUUGGGAAUUCAGAUUAACGCAACUAAAAUCCAACUUGGGAAAACCUGUUGGGUUUUAUAUACCCAAAUAAAACUUGGGUGGUCUGGUAGAGAUGGGGCUGGCUGAAUUUCUUUGAGCAGAAUUUUACUGAUAAUGUGUUUCCAAAAUGGUCUGUGGUUAUGUUGUGCAUUUGCUGUGUAGACGGGGUAAAAUUUUCUCAUUCCUUGAUAACAGUUCACUGCAGAGGUAAACAAUCCUUUUGGUGCAUCCUUAAGAAUUACUGUACUGUGAGGAAAACUCUGUUGCCUUUCAUAACUUUUCUGUGUCAGAAUGCACCCCAAGUUCCAGUUUUAUUGUUAUUUCUCACCUCUCUCUUUCUAUUGUAAUAAAAGAAGACUGAAAUUCUGUAGCAUGUAA